AAGACUGCUUAGUGCACUGGUGGCUGUUUUAAUGCAAUAGUGUUGUUAACUGUCUGAAGACUAAACAUGAGAAUAGCAGGUGCUGCAAAGUUGGUAGUAGUCAUAGCAAUAUUUUUAUUGACGUUUUAUGUCAUAUCUCAAGUGUUUGAAAUAAAAAUGGAUGCAAACUUAGGACACAUAUUUGCCAGAUCAGCACUGGAUGCAGCUGCACGCUCUACAAAACCUCCAAGAUACAAGUGUGGGAUCUCUAAAUCUUGUCCUGAAAAGCAUUUUGCAUUCAAAAUGUCAAGUGGAGCAGCAAAUGUAGUUGGACCUAAAAUUUGUGUAGAGGAUAAUGUUUUAAUGAGUGGAGUUAAAAAUAAUGUUGGCAGAGGAAUAAAUAUCGCCUUGGUCAAUGGUAAAACAGGAGAAUUAUUAGAUACUAAGUUUUUUGACAUGUGGGGAGGAGAUGUGGCCCCCCUUAUUGAAUUUCUGAAGACCAUCCAGGAUGGAACAAUUGUGUUAAUGGCAACGUAUGAUGAUGGUGCAACCAAGCUUAAUGAGGAAGCACGGAAACUGAUCGCUGAAUUAGGAAGCACCUCCAUUACUAACCUUGGCUUCAGAGACAACUGGGUCUUCUGUGGUGGAAAAGGAAUUAAGACUAAAAGUCCAUUUGAACAGCAUAUAAAGAAUAACAAGGACACAAACAAGUAUGAAGGCUGGCCAGAAGUUGUUGAGAUGGAAGGCUGUAUCCCUCAGAAGCAAGACUAAAUGAAAACAGAGGAAAAGGAGAAAGACUAUGGAAGAAAAUGCACUUUCUGCUAUUAUUAGAGAGAGGGCUAUGAAGGAGACUGUACUGUAAAAAUUAUUUUUAAAGCAUGCAGCCAUCUUGUCAGUGUGUGCAUGAGCACUGACAUUUUGAAUAUUGGGAUUAUUUAUUGCUAACACACAUAGAAAUUCUUUUUGUAAAUAUGUCCAAAAUAAACAUUCAAUCAUUUCUAUGCAGGUUUCUUAAAAGCACAGUAUUUAGUUUGCCUGUGGUAAAUAAUACUUGUAGAUAGCUGGCUAAUAAAUUACAUAUGUGAACAAUAAACAGAUUGUGACAAAUGUA